AGCGGAAUUUGUCGUCUAGUCAAACUUUAGCUACAAUCGUGUGUGGUUGCAUUGCAUCUAACCGGGCGGAUCAAAACCGGGUUAAUUCGGUCAUCGUCACAACCGUUGUAAGAAGAAGCGUCAGGCUUUUUGGUGAACCGUAACUGUGCAGAAACAAUAAAAAUGGCCAACAAUAUCGGUUUCGCACCACAUCGUAGGCUUAAGGAAAAGAAGCAACAAACGCAGCAUCAUGGGGGCAUCGUAGGGGCUUCUGUGGCUAACCCUCCAACUGAAACUGAUGAUGACCAUCAGACACAGCAAUCGUUUGAUCAGCAUGAACAAUAUCCCGAAUCAAACCCCGCCAGUAUCAGCAGUUCUGUUGAUGGUCCCAAGCCAGAAACCGGUUGCGCCGAUAAAAGCACGGUCGUAGAAGAGAAGAUCAUUCGCCGUUGCUGGUUUGAAGUACUCGACACCGAAGACAAGCUGGAGUACAAGUUCUACCCGGUCAGCAAUGGAGUGAUCAACUUCAAAGUUCGCGCCGCGAACGAUGCCCAUCUGGCAUUAACCAGCGGCCCAGCGGAAUCCGAACCCAUGCUGGAGGUGUUCAUCGGUGGCUGGAAGAACACCAAAUCCGUCAUCCGUAAGAACCGCACUAAACCGGACGUGUGCGAGGUGGAGACUCCGGAUAUUCUGAACCCGGGCGAGUUCCGUGGUUUCUGGAUCAAAUGGAUGGAUAAUGUUAUCACCGUUGGAAUGGAGGGAGCUGCAGCGGCAUUCCUGUCCUACGAAAAUCCCGAUGCGUAUGACAUCAACUACGUCGGUGUGUGCACUGGAUGGGGAGCGAGCGGAACGUGGAUUAUCGAACAGAACGAACCGGAACCAUCGGCACCGAUAGCUGCGGCCUUGGUAUCGUCCAAUGCUGCUUGCUGGAUUCCUGCGGCCAACGGAGAAAUUCCUCCGAACGCCGUCGUUGGAGGAUCGGACGGAGAAGACAUGUACAUUGCACGUGCUCAGCAUGAGGGAGCAAUUAUCCCGGGUAAAUUGCUGGCAUCGCAUGGAGCUGCUUACGUAGCUUGGGGUGGAGCGGAGAACCCGAAAACGGAAUACGAAGUGUUGUGUGACGGAAAUGGUACAUUUGUUCCGACCAGCGGAGGUGAAAUUCCUCCGAAUGCGAUUCCAGCGGGUGAAAGUGAAGAUGGCGAGCCUCUCUUCAUUGGGCGUGUUGCACACGAGGGCACCAUGACGGUUGGUAAGGUCCAACAGUCGCAUGGAGUGUGCUACAUUCCGUAUGGCGGACAGGAGAUGGCUUUUGCCGACUAUGAGAUCUAUGUUAGCCAGUAGACGCGACGCCGGUUCGUCCAUUCGAUGAUAUUGGAUUGUCAACCGGGUGCCUUAAUGCCAAGCAAUAGGGCUUGAUGGUUGUCAGAGUUUGUCGUUUGAAAGAAAGUUCGCUUGUAUCAGAGCUUUAACCACAGAUGCCUGCACAACUUAUUUAUUGUUAAAUUGUAAUGUAUUAGAACUCUGUUUUAUAAUAAAAAUCACAUGCUUCCACAAAUUGCUACCAGCUUGAUAAAAGUUCUGAGA